AUGGUCAGUGUCAUGAGGUUAAAAUCCUGAUGAAGAAAACUGAUGAGCCUGGCAAAUUCACCUCCUUUGACGACAAGAGGUUCAUCUAUAUCACAGCGCUGCCGGUGAAGGACCACUACGUCAUGUACUGUGAAGGCCAUUUCCCUGGGAAGUUGCUUGGCAUGGGAAAGCUCAUCGGGAGAAACCCUGAGGAAAACCCAGAGGCCAUGGAAGAAUUUAAGAAAUUUGUACUGCGUGAGGGACUCAAGGAGGAAAACAUCAUUGUACGAGAGUUAAAUGGUGGGAACAGGACUGUCCAUGCCUCUCUCUGUGUCCCCGGUGUCACUGCUACCCGUGUGUGGCCACAAACCAUGUCUGUCUCUGUGCUUCUGUGUCCUCUCUGUGCCGGGUCUUAUUGUCCCUUUCGUGUUGUUUGCUGUCUGUCCUUGUUCCCUGUGUCUCUGUGGCAUCUCCAGCAUUUCCUCAGGGUCAUGCGUAACUCAGUGUCACAAUGUCACAAUCUGAGCUCUGUCCCUUGGUGUCCCCAUGCACCUCCAAGUCUCCUGUGCUCUGUCCGCUCUCUCCAUUGCUCUCUCUGUUUCCCUGGUUUCUGCACUGUACCUUCAAGGUCCUGUCACCUCUCCCAGGGUUGCCAGGCCCUGCCUCAGGUUUUGCCUGGGGGAGGGUCUGAGCCUCAGAUGUGAUGCGGUCCUCUACAGGGCCCUUCUCACUCCUGGUCUUCUUUUGGUUUCUACAGAGCACUGUGUGCCUGAAAGCUACUAGGGUAAGUCUCCCCCCACCCCACCGUGUCCCACCUCUAGGAAU